GAGAGAGAGAGGGAGAAUGUGUGAGGGAGCGAGCGCAUGUGGGUGUGUCUCUUUGGCCGGGGCCAGCCCGCACUCCCGGCACGGCUCUGUGUUGUAACUCUGAGGCGCUCUCAGUGGAAACACCAUGUCUGCGCCCGAUGGCUGGAGGAGCCGCACGACGCGCUGCCAACGCAACACAACACAGCGCCGUGGAACCUGACGCAAUGGAAUAGAAGGGAACACAUCAGCAGAGCGGAGCGGCGCGGGACGGAGUAGAGCAGAGCCUCAGGAGCGGCAGAGCGGCGGGAGGGGAACGGAAUGUGCGGGAUCGGGAACGGGACGUAGCGUACGGGGCUAGCGGGGGGGGUUAGGGUUGUCAUAGGACGGAUCGGAAACGGAACGCGAUUGCAGUUGGAUUGGGAAUGAAACCGAACGGAACGGAACUGAAGGCAACGGAAUCGGAGGGGAUGGAAGAGAGACAGCAGGAGGGAGGAAGACAGGCAGGGAGACGGGGAAGGAAAGUGGAUGAUCGGAAAAGGACACCUGCUGCGGAUCGGAACAUGUUGUGGUAAUCUGAAGGUGAAGAGAGUAAAGCCAAACAGAGAGACGGUGGAUUGUUUAUUUCAUUGAGAUAAAGAUAAACUCUCUCAAUCCCAGACAAGGAAUUCAGCGGUGAAUCCUUUAUGAGGUGGUGGCCAUCUCUGGGACCGCAUCUCUGCUUACCGUCGGCCCUUCUCAUCUAUCUUCCACCGCCGGGCCCCUGGCCCGGGCGAUGCCAUGCUGGCCCAGAGGAGCGGGCCGACGCCGGGCCCUAAGCCUGCGCCGGUAACGGACGACCCAGACCUCGCGGAGACCCGGGAAGGCACCGUGGUGGGCCGGCAGUCCCCGUCCCCGCCCGCGUCCCCCGGGAGCAGCUGUCCCUGGGCCCGGCUGGCCGGCGUGGACGGCUGUCUGGUGGAGCCCUACUGCCUGUGGUUCCAGCUGCUGGCCCGGGCCUACUGGGGGGACGUGGAGCUGGGUGUCAACGGCCCCGUCAGGUGCAUGUCCUGGGCACGGCUGCGCGAUGCCUCCAGGAGGAACUGUGUGUGUUCUAAGGCCAAGCGGAAGGACGGGAGGGACCAGAGCGAGACGUCCACGGCGCCCUCUCCUGGCGGGGAGGAGGAAGAGCCCUUCUCCUGGCCGGGGCCCAAGACCCUGCGCCUGCAGCGCACCUCGCAAGGCUUCGGCUUCACGCUGCGACACUUCAUCGUCUACCCGCCCGAGUCGGCCGUCCACUGCUCCCGCAAGGAUGACGACAACUGCAGUCGAGGGAGUAAGCCGAACCGCCUGGAGCCCAUGGACACCAUCUUCGUCAAGCAGGUGAAGGAGGGAGGCCCCGCCAACGGAGCUGGACUCUGUACCGGGGACCGGAUCGUCAAGGUGAAUGGCGAGAGCAUCAUAGGGAAGACAUACUCCCAGGUCAUAGCCCUGAUCCAGAACAGUGAUGCAUCUCUGGAGCUGUGUGUGAUGCCAAAGGAUGAGGACAUUUUGCAGCUGUUUUCCCGGGACAUCACCGCUCUGGCGUACUCCCAGGAUGCAUACCUCAAAGGCCACGAUGCGUACAGCGGCAACGCCCGCCACAUCCCCGCGCCGCCCCCCCUGUGCUACCCCCGGAUAGAGGCCAAGGCCCCGGCCUCGGAGGACGGCCCGGCGCCCCUGGAGACGGAGCCCCCCGCCGCCCCCCAGAGCCCCGCCGCCCCCCAGCCCUCCCCGAAGACACAGACGGUGGUGUGCGUGUGCAACGAGAGCGUGAGGACGGUGCUGGUGACCCCCGACCCCGGGGAGGGCGCGGCUCGGCCGGCGGUACGGGCCGGGCCCAGCCACCGGACAGAGGAGCCCCGGCACGCGGCCUCGCCGCAGCCCGGCCCCGAACCGGGCUCCACCAACCGCGGCACGGUAGCCACGGCGACCCUCGUCGGGGCGGGCUCGGUCCGGUCGACGGGGUCUCCGGUGGGCUCGGGUUCCAGACCCACCUUGUCGGGACGGGACCCCCCACCGUCCAAGACCGCCUCCCCGGGCCUCAACCACUACCCCCCCUCGUCCCCGGCGGCCUCCCCCUCCCCCCGGCAGAGCAUCGACUGGAGGAACUACACCACCUACAAGGACUACAUCGACGCCAAGCGGCUGCACAGCUACGGCAACCGCAGCAUCCAGGAGCGCCUGGACAGCCUGCGCGCCGCCGCCGGCGGAGGCUCCGCCUACUCCCUGCCGGCCACGCCCUCUCCGCCCGGCUCCGCCCAGCGGGGGCAGGCGCUGGGCUCCCAGGUCCGACGGAGGAGCACCUCCCACGACCGGGGGACGGAGGUGGGCCGCCAGGGGUCCCCCGUCACGCCCUCGCCGCUCAGCACCUCCCAGGAGAAAACAAGGGCGGGGGGGGGCGCAGGAGACGCGGCGUGGGGGACGGCCACCGCCCGGACCUGGUCCCGCAGCCUCUCCCAUGACGCUUUGCACUCCGCCACCCCGACGGGGGGGCCCACGCCCCGGGCCAGGUCCUGUGACUUCCUGGGGCGCCGUCCCGGGGAGACGGGGGCGGGCGUGGUCCCCGGGGACCAGGCGGGAUGCAGCCGGCCCGGGCAGGAGUGCCAGGGGGAGGGGGCUAGAGCCGGCCUCGGAGCCCCGCCCCCGCAGGAGAAGCAGGGCAGGGGGGCGGGGCGCGCCAGCUCUGUGUUUACUAAAUGCCUGACCGACCCCGCGCUGGCGGUCGGCCGACCCUCGCGGCCCCCCGCCCACAGCUCGACCGCCUCGGAGCAGUCGCCCUCCGAGCCCCCCGCGGACCACCCCAAAGACCAAAGAGCCGUCGUCAUGGGCAACCACCUGGCCCACGCCUCGCUGCAGCACCUGCAGCUCCGGGGGCGGGCCGACAGCCUGAGGAUGGACAGCAGGCAGGAGGGGGCGGCGGGGGGGCCGGUGCCACGCUCCUCUUCCUGUUCGGGCUCCGCCUCCAAGCUGCCCGCACAGAGGCCGCUGCAGAGCGCGGCCGUCUCCUCCCCCUCGGGCCUCGCCAAAGACGGCGACAGCCCCGCGACCCUGAGGUCGAAGGUCAAGGAGUUCUCCGACGGGGGCUCCACCAGCGCCCCCACCGUGCGGACCGGCGCCGCGGGCGUGGUCCUGAGGAGGAGGGAGUGCCUGGGCCUGCUGCCGCUCCGGCCCCCGUCCUACGUCCUGGCCGUGAAGGACCUGAGAGGAGCGGCCGCCUCCCCCCCCUGCUCCUCUCCGAUGGGGAGGUCCUGCCCCGCCAUAGGGGGCGCCGGCAAGCAGACCUACCUGCCCUCCGCCUCCCGCCGGGAGCCGCCGGGCCGGAGGCUGGGGGAGGCGCGCCGCGUCCUGGGCGCCGACGACCUCAACGACUCGCUGGACUCCAUCCCCUUCAUAGAUGAACCGUCGAGUCCCAGCGUUGACCACGACACGCUACUUAUCCCCGACUGCGCGGUCAUCUCGGGGACACCCGUCAUCACUACCGUACCUUCGAGCCCCACCGUCACGGCCCCUCUCAUACGCCGACAGCGGUCACAUGACCAAGGUUCUUUCUGCCUCACGGUGACGGAUUCAGACUCUGCCUCCAGGACUGAGAGGUCCAAGUCCUACGAUGAGGGUCUGGACUUCCACAGGGAGGAGGCCAGAGGGUCUCUCAUCUCUGGCCUGAAAGGCCUGAAGAAGGUGUCCGACUGCUCCUCAGAGGACUCGGGGUCCAGGAGAGAUUCGUCUUCCGACACUUUCUGCACCGCCACCAAAGAGGGUCUUCUGCACUUUAAACAGCUCCACUCGGACAAGAACAAGCGUGGCGGCGGCGGAAUGCGUCCCUGGAAGCAGAUGUACGCGGUCUUGCGGGGACACUCGCUCUGCCUGUACCGGGACAGGAAGGAGGCCCAGGCGCACACCCACUGCCCGCUGGUGGAGGAGCCGCAGCCCAUCAGCAUCAAGGCCUGCCUGGUGGACAUCUCGUACAGCGACACCAAGCGCAAGAACGUGCUGCGGCUCACCACCUCCGACUGUGAGUUCCUGUUCCAGGCGGAGGACCGCGAGGACAUGCUGGCCUGGAUCAGAGUCAUCCAGGAGAACCUGGACCACGAGAACGCCGUGAUGACCAGCCGUGACCUCAUCAGCCGCAAGAUCAAAGAGUACAACACCUUGAUGAGUCCUACCGGCAGUAAGACGGAGGUGUCCCCUAAGGUGCCCCGGCAGUCCCUCAGAAACACCCUGAUGGGGGGGAACCGGGAGAAAGAGGGCAAGGCCAGUGGUGGUCAGUCGCCCAAAGCUGAGGCCGAGCGCCAGAACCUGCACAGAGGGGAAAGCAGCCCCCCAAAGGACAAGGGGACAUGGAGAGCCCGGAUGAAGAAGCAGUUUGACCGUAAACACUGUCCUGGGCUCACGUUUGGGGUCCGCCUGGACGACUGCCCCCCCGCCCAGACCAACCAGUUUGUGCCCCUGAUCGUGGAGGUGUGCUGCAGGGUGGUGGAGGAGCGGGGCCUGGAGUACACGGGGAUCUACCGCGUCCCGGGGAACAACACCGCCAUCUCCUCCCUGCAGGACGAGCUCAACCACAAGGGGCUGGCCCACAUCGACACCCAGGACGAUAAAUGGAGGGACCUGAACGUGAUCAGCAGCCUGCUGAAGUCCUUCUUCCGGAAGCUUCCUGAGCCGCUGUUCACCAACGAGAAGUACGCUGACUUCAUCGAGGCCAACAGGAUAGAGGACCCGGCGGAGCGACUCAAAGCUAUCAAACGCCUGCUGCACGAGCUGCCGGACCACCACUACCAGACCCUCAAGUUCCUCUCUGCUCACCUCAAAGCCGUCGCCGAUAACUCUGAGAAGAACAAGAUGGAGCCCAGGAACCUGGCUAUUGUGUUCGGUCCCACGUUGGUGCGCAGGUCGGAGGACAACAUGACCGACAUGGUGACCCACAUGCCCGACCAGUACCGCAUCGUAGAGACCCUCAUACACAAUUACGAUUGGUUCUUCACCAACGAGGACUGUGAGGAGCCAGUGAUGGCGUCGCGGGACCAGAGUGCGGUGGAGUCGCAGCCCGUGCCCAACAUCGACCACCUGCUGACCAACAUCGGACGCACGUGCGCGUCGCAGGGGGAAGUGUCAGAUUCAGCCACUAGUGACUCGGCUAAGUCCAAGGGUUCUUUGGGCCCAGGGAGGGAGGGGUGCAGCAGAGAGCUCCUAGUCUCCUCCAUCUUUGCUGUGGCCAGCCGCAAGCGAAGGAAGUCCAAGGAGAAGCUGCCGCCUAGCAGCUCAGACGAGGACCUGGACGCCGUCCUCCCGGAGCCCGGCGCCGCUCAGACCCCCGACAGCCUCCUCCUCCCCCUCCACCAGGCCCCCCUGCAGGGCCCCGGGGCCCAGGACGGGGCCCAGGACGGGGCCGCGGAGCAGGCGCGGGCCGAGGCCUGGAGGAAGGAGAACGGACGGAGCCUAGAGGUGACCAAGAAGGAGCACAGGAACUCCUUCUUCUCCCGGGCGCUGUCCCGACAGCCCUCGCCGUCCCCCUCGCCGUCCCCAAAGCCCCCGGGCGCGGCGGGCCCCGGGGCCAGAGCAGCAGCCACCGGCGCCAAGUCGUCGCUGUCGGACGAGACGGCCUCCGACCUCGGGACCGGCAGCUCCGGAGCCUCGGCGGCGGCGGCGGCGGCUGCAAGGUCGCGACCCAGGAAGUGGACGUUGGGGGCGUGGUCGGGCGGCGGCGGCGGGGGGGCGGCGGCCGGCGCGGAGGUGAGCUCCAUCACCUCGGACUACUCCACCACCUCCUCCGUCACCUUCCUGACGGGCGCGGAGUCGGGGGCGGAGUGCGGCGCCACGCCCGGCGGCGAGGAGGCGGACGACGAGCGCAGCGAGCUGCUCAGCGAGGGCCGGCCGGCGCUGGAGACGGACAGCGAGAGCGACUUCCCCGUGUUCGCGCCACAGGGCGGCAGCAGCCAGUCCACGCCGCGGCCGGACGCCGCCGGGGGCCAUCGAGGCGAGCGCGCGGCGGCAGCGGCGGCGUUGGACGGCAGCGCGGCGGGUCAGCCGGAGACGCGGCGCCUGUUCUUCCCCACCCACCGGCUGACCGGGAGCGACGGGACGUCCCGUCGCCGCUCCCUGAGGCACAAGACGGACAGCGACUCCUCGGCGGAGGGCGUGGCCGGCGGCGGUGGCGAGGGGAGGGCCCGGCUGUCCGGCGUGCUGGAUGUGAUGAGGAAGGGCCGGUCGACGGGCAGCCUCAGCUCCUCGUCGCCGCGCAGCGAGUCGGAGCGCGCCCAGCCCACCUGGCGCAUCAAGAUCGCCGAGCGGCUGAAGCUCCGCCUGCGGACGGCCGUCGCCGACGACGACGCCGCCACCGCCGCCGCGCCGGGCGCCAAGGGCCAUGCCCCCCCCGGGGGCCCCGAGGCCCGGGCCAAGAGGAAGAGCAUCCGGCGCCGGCACACCAUGGGCGGGCAGCGGGACUUCGCCGAGCUGGCCGUCAUCAACGACUGGCGGGAGCAGGGGGGCGGCGACCAGGAGGCGGAGCUGUCCGCCUGCGAGCGGCUGAAGCCGGGCCGCGCCCACCGGGAGCUGACGCUACGCGGCUGGCUGAGCGGGGAGCUGCGCGCUGCCCGCUGCCCCGCCCCGGCCCCCCAGGGCCGGGCGGCCGAGGCGGCCCCCAAGGCGCUCCCGGAGGAGGACGCGGCGGACCCCUCCUCGCCGCGGCCCGCCCCGACCAAGGAGCCCCCGGAGCGGCUCAACGGGGGGGGCGGCGGCCGGGCCGGCGCCGUGGCCGACGCCCACCCCCACAAACUGUCUGGGGCGCACGUGGUGGUCCGCUCGCGGUUCUAUCAGUACCUGUGAGCGGGGGUGUGUGUGUGCAUGUCUGUGUGUGUGUGGGGUUGGGGGGGCCUGUGAGAGGUCAGAGACUGGAACGGGAUGGCUUUGUUUUCUUUUUUGUAUUCUAGCGUUUUAGAGUUAUUGCACAAUAUUUUUUCUACCGAGUAUAUAUCCACCCUGUGUAUAUACUGUAUGUUGUACUGUACAUAGUCCGUGUAGAGGCCCAUGCGAACUGUCAGCUGAGAUGAAGAGCGGUCGAUACUUUCGCUACGCCACGACACCACGAUGAUGAUGAAGGAAAAAUAGACACCCCCCCCCCCCCCCCCCCCCCCAUCAACGGCCGCCACGUCUUCCCGAACACGUUUACACUCUCUCCACGCCACACGGAGCAGAAGGGUGAACCUACCCUCCGGACUUUGAACACGGCGUGCCAUAGGAGAGUUCCGUUUCUCCUCGUCCAAUCGCAGUCUUGACGAGUUAGUUUCCAACCCGACGGCGGUGAUACCCUCGUCACUAUCCUGGCUGGUUUGAAGAAUGUAGGACCUUUGCUUACGUCGAUUUGCGCUCGUUUUCAUCGUGACGACGGUGUUGUCGGGGGGCGACGCGUACGUUUCCGGUGUCUCUUUACUUGAAUGUAGGUGCGCUCAAGGGCUGCUUGCUGUGCUGUGUACUAUAGAAGGUUUAUUUUUCUAUUGUUUUAUAGUACAGCCACAACAGACAGACACAAGCCCCGAGGACUGGAAUUAUUUUAUUAGUUGGACGAAAAAUGAUACAACCUUGUAUUGAAAUGUUGAAGACAUGACGGUAUGUUAUUCUUGUUUUACAUAUUUUUAUUUCCGAACGCACAAUCCAAAAAUAGGACGUUUGAAAAGAAAACACAAAUGUUUGAUUUGUUUUUAGUUUUUUAUUACUUUAGCCCCAAAAUAAUAAUAAUAAAAUGAAUUAAAGUGCCUAUUUGGAAUUGAUUGUGUGUGAAAAUGAAGUUUAUUGUACGAGUCCCAAUUGACACUAACUGAAAAAUUAUUUUGGAACACGAAAAAACGUUUAUAAUCAUUCCGUAUUUUUAUGUUUAGAGAUUUGAAUGGCUGUUAAAUUCUUACUAAAAGAGAACUCAACCAAAGCUGGAGGUCACAUUACAACAAUGAUAUGACAUGUUUUUACAACCACAGUAAUUGAGUGCAUGGCUGCCGGCAUCGCUGGGAUUGACUGCAAGUUAACGGAAAUCAAGAGACAUGGCCUUUGGAACUGCAUGCAGCCGUGGGUUCUCGUCUGUGUACAGGCCCUCCCUGAAAAGACACUGGAAAUAAAUAUACGUCUUUAUAACA